AUGACGGUCUCGCGCAGAGACGCGCUGCCUAUCCCGCUCAACUCGGAGGCGCUCCAGUGCUUGAAGGGGUUCUCUGCCCUUGACGGCGAGCUCUCGCUGGGGCAGCGGCGCAAAGCCGCUCGCUGCAGGCGCCAGGAGCGCUGGAUGCUGGAAGGCGUCGCGGCGCUCAACGAGCUGGGUGGUGGUGGGCGGUCGGCGGGCGGCGGCGGCCACCUCAGCUUGGCGCGGCGCUCCGCGCUGCAGCAUCUGAAGGGGGUCUACGCCGCGGUCCCGCCGAGGACUGAAGAUUGCACCAACCAGGAGGCGUUUCAGGCGUUUCUGGGGCUUCGACCUGGCUAUGCUGACGAGCCAGCGAUCGGGGCGAGAGCCGGCUACCAGCGCGGGAGGGUCUCUCUUCCUUCUGGCGGUGCUGGGCGUGUCGAUCUUGUUCGGCUGUUGCCCGCGCACCUGCAGUCGGCGCUGGAGUCCGGGCACGGGUCAUUGCGCUCGGAGCAGGAGGCUACUGCUGCUCUGGAGGAGGCGGACGUCACGUGUUACGUGGACGGUAAGCUGGGCAGCGGGGAGGUGCACCUGGCUGCGGGCGACGUGGAGGUCUGCUUCUACCAGUACGUGCUGCCGGCCUGGGCCAGGAACUACUUCUGCUUACCGAGCCUGGCGACCCGCAUGCUGCCGGCCCGCCUGCGCGAGGCGUUGGGGCCAGAGCUGUCUGCUCGGCCCAGGAUAGCCUUCCGCGUGCGGGUCGUCCCCAUGGGUUGGAACUGGGCCGUCCACUUCGUGCAAUCUGCCCACCUGAAUGUGCUGGCUUCGGUCUCUCCGAGCAACCAGUGGCUGGUGGACAAGCAGCCUGGGGCGCGCCUCUCUGACAGCUCAGCCGCAGCCAAGGUCUUGUACAUAGACAACUUUGCUGCCAUUAGCACCAGCCGCGAGACAGCAUUGCAGGUGGUCAACGACAUGCUCGACUCGUUCACCAGUGAGGGCGUCGAGGCAUCGCUUGACCUGGACGUCGUCCUCCUCGGCUUCACGCUGGACGCGAAGGCCGCCAGGUGGCGCCCCGCGCCCAAGAAGUUUUGGAGAGUGCAUGGUUGUAUCUCGCACCUGCUGGAGCCGGGAAGACGUAUCACGGGGCGCCAGCUGGAGAGGCUCGUGGGUCACGUGGUUGCGCUGCUGUUGCUGCGCCGUGAGGCGCUCAGCCUCCUCAGUGCAGUCUACGUCUUCAUCCGUUUCACCUACGACAGGGCGCAGCCGCUGUGGCCCAGCUGCCGACGCGAGCUCAGGUGGGUGCUCGCACUGUUGCCCACGGUGUUCGCCGAUAUGAAGAGGCCCUGGCACGCUGAGGUGGGUGCCUCCGACGCGUCGCCGUGGGGCGCGGGAGUCUGCACUGCGCACUGGCCCUUGAGCGCAGUGCAGGCCGCUGGCAGGCAGCCGGAGAAGCUGCGCUUUCGCGGGCCCCUCGCCUCACUGGUGGCCCCGCGGGACGCUGCCCCGGCUGCCGACAGCAUCGAGCUCUCGGACCCAGCCGCACUCUUACUUGGGCGUGCGGCAGGUUUCGCCGAGGCCCGCUGGCUGCCCCGCCAGGGCUUGCUGGCAGCCAACGUGGUGCAGCCGUCCACUCUGGUGCUCUACCUGAAGGUGUUGCUGCUGCUGGCAGGGUGGCUCAUGGUGGACGUGCUGCUCGACUGGCCCGUGGCAACUUGGGACGCAGCGCUGACCGACCUCCUGCGGUGGGCCUUCGACCUGAAGGUGGCGCGGGCGACAACCGCAAAGCUUGGCGUCGCGGUGCUUGGAGGUCUCCCUCAGCUGCACUUGGCGCCCUUGCAGAGGUGCUUCCCGCAGCUCGCCCACUCGCUGCCGGGUUGGAAGCGCCUGCACAUGUCAUCAGUGGUGCCGGUUACAGAGUUGCAGCAGCCAGGCAAGACGGGCGAGCUGGACCACACCGUUGUGCGUGUCUCCCCGCGGCAGCAGGCCCUGGCUUGGGCCUUGGUGCGCCUCCGCGACCCCCGCCUGGGCUUCUGGCACCCGCUGUGGGACUUCGUCUACAGCCUCUUCCUGCGGCGGUUUGGCCAGGUGCUCGAGGCUGUGCGAGCCAGCUGUUUAGCAGGCACGCUUUGCAGCCUCAGGCAAGGCGGCGACAUCCUCGACCGCCUGACGGCCAGCCGCACGCUAAUGGAGAAGCUGCAGCUCGGAAACUGGCACGCCUUCAACAGCGCGCAGCGCUACGACAAGCACGC